AUGACUGAGAAGCAAAAACAGACAUUACCCCCUGGACCAUUCCCGUUACCCUUGAUAGGGAACGUUCAUCUUGUUGGCAAGCGGAUGCCCUAUUCAAUGGAACAUCUACGAAAGAAAUAUGGCGGGGUCUAUACACUUUUUGUACCAUCAGGAAAUUUCGUUGUCGGUAAUAAUGUCAUCACUAAUGCACUUCAUAUGUAUGGUGAUGGUGUAAAAACCGCCGAAAAUCGAGUGCUAUAUGAGGUCAAGCAACUGAUGACGUGUAUGGAGGGAGAAAACGAGACGGCAUUUUGCCCCAUGGAAUAUCUUUCUCAAGCUAUCACGAACGUAACAACAUCUUGGCUUGUUUCCGAAAGGUGCGAGCCUGGUGAUCCUAUUUUCAAAACGCUGCGCGAAUUUGUUGAUAACGUUUUGUAUGUCAGUCACCAGUGGACAAAUAUCGACUUUUUGCCGUUUUAUGAAUAUCUUCCUUUUGAUAUUUCGAGGCGAUUUCGGCAAACGAAACAAGUACGUGAUGAAUAUUUCGGAAAAUUGCUCAAGGAACAUCGAGAAACAUACCAAUCGGGCGAGGUUCGUGACAUCGCGGAUGCCCUUCUUGCCGCCUAUGAGAAGGAGGAAGUUGAAGGGAAAGGAAAAGAUAUUGGAACAAUUGAUGAUAUUACGACUAUUAUGAUGGAUUUCUUCAUUGCUUCGAGUGAUACUACCACAGCUACGCUUAGUUGGUUUAUACUGUACAUGGUGUUGCAUGAAAAGGUGCAGAAAAGAGUUCACGAAGAGUUAGAUCUUGUUGUUGGCAGAGAUCGCACUCCAUGUUGGAAAGAUGCAGAGAACCUGCCAUUUCUACACGCAGUCAUAUGUGAAACGAUUCGCCAUGCCUCGCCUGUGCCCUUGCUCGGUAGAAAAACCUUGCGUGAUACUACCAUUAAAGAAUACCAAAUCCCUCGAGACACAAAAAUUUUGCUAAACAUGUGGUAUGUAAACAACGAUCCGCAAGAAUGGAAUGAACCGUUGUCUUUCAAUCCUGAUCGAUUUCUUGAUGAAAGUGGAAAGUUCCGCGGCUGGAACACGUCCGCGAGUUUCUAUCCUUUUGGUGCCGGAAUUCGCUCAUGUCUCGGGCAGUCACUAGCGAAGAUGAAUUUGCUUCUGGUAGCGUCCAAUUUGCUGCAUCAUUUCCAAUUUAAUAUCCCUUGUGGAGAGGCUGAGCCAAGUUCGGAAUCGCAGCCCGGCGGUGUUUGUUAUCCAAAACAAUUUUUAUUGUGUGCGAUAAAACGAAAGUGA